AAACUUCAUUCUACUACCAGUAACCAUCGAAAACGCAGCAAGGACAAGACAAAAAAGUGACUUGUCACAACCCAUUCGAUAUUCACCACCAAUUGGAAACAAUCAUAAUGGAAUCGAGUAUGCUGAUACAAGACAAAUAACUGAAGAAAUAUUUCCAUUUGGAUCUGUAUACCAAAAAGGUCAGAGGUCGGAAGGUCAAAGAAGCAUCCCUGAAACCAAUCAUAAAAGACCAAGUGUGUUAUCUCAAAAUUUAGCCACAUCAAUUGGAGCUAUUGUUUCUCAGACUUCAUACCAAUCAAAAUAUGAUCAUAGUGUAAACUAUGCAGACCAAUCAAAUCAAGCAGCUGCAUCAGCUGAUAUUUAUACAUAUAGAACAGCCAAUCAGAACAAUUCUAAUGUUAAUAUGCUUUAUAACACUGAUGAUGUAAAUUAUGAAAGAGGACAGUUUGUAUUGGAUUAUCUAGCUGCACAUGAUGAAAUGUUAACACCAGGACCAGUAUUACAUCCAGCAAAUAGAGUACAAGAUGACAGGUCAAAAGAAAGCAUUGCAUCCAGGGAACCGCCAGGUUCUCCGCAAGAAAAUGAUGAUGUGACAUCAGAAGAUAUUCGCAUGAUUGGUGCAUCACCUGGUUACAAUCAUGAAUUAUCAACCGAACUCUGAAUCAUACUCACGUAUGAUAAACUGAAUAAUUCUAGCCUCUAUAAUUUGAUCUGGUCAGUCUGCCCUCUAAGCAUGACUUUAAAACCCAUCACCCAAACCGUCUAUAGAUAUUUCAGGGGAGUUUCUUGUACUUUUGAAGGCAUUUAGUUAUUCCUGUCAAAAAUACUGCACAAAAUUUGUAACAGGAAGGGGUUCCAUGCUCCUAUUUUCAAAUGGGAUGUGCUAAGAAGGUUGGAGAAAGUUUAUUACGCAUUGUGUGAAUGUGGUACACUGUAGUUAUUGUUCUCUCUAAUUUACAUGUUAAAAUUGCGCCAGAUGGUUCUAUACACAAAAUCUGCAUAACAAUCAACUUCAAGAAUUAACUCAAAG